CGCACACAUGCGAACACACGACGGGUUCACUCGCUCUCACGCUCUCGCUCACACAACGAUUAAGAACAGUCAACUUUUGGCUGCGUCAACUGCGCUGCUGCUCUGCUCAGCUCGGCUCAGUUCAGCUGCCUACUUCUGCUGCUGCUGCUGCUCAAUUCUUAUACAAUUUUAAUAUCAAACAGCAACGAUCGUUGCGUUCGCUCAGUCAGCGCCGUUGCCUCGCGUAACAUAGUUCUGAUUCUAACGGGCGCGCACACAURCACACACACACGUACGCUCAAAGCAGAAUUUGGUAAUUUGCUCGAGCGACAAGUGCAGACUUGUUAUUCGCCUUCAAAGCAACAGCAAAAGAGUGAGUGAGCAAGAUAGAAAGAAAGAGAGAGAGAGAGAGAGAGAGAGAGAGAGACGUUUCACGGCGAUUAUUUUGUUCAUACCUCGCCUCGAGUGCGCAACAGUGAAAAAGUUCUACAAAACACUUGCCGCCCGUCGAUUCGCGCGACAACAAGUGUUUUAGCCAAAUAAAAAAUAUAAAAUUGCAAAUUCAAAAUAACAGUACAAUCCUCGUGCAUAUAUAAUUCAAAAAGAAAUAAUCUGCAAUCAAGCGAGAAUUAGGAUUUGCCUUUUGGGAAUACAGCAAGGAAUAUUUUACCAAUUAUUAUUGCGGAUUUUCAUUUAAUUUUAUGAUUCAUCCACAACCAACAUGGUCUACUAUCCCGCUAAUCAGCUGCUCAUAAAAACGGAGCAACCCAGUCAGACGCAAUUCUGUCUGCAGACGCCGCUCACCGCGACGGGCGGUGGUGGCAUUGGUGUGGCGCCACCUGGCGGCCAGCAUGAGCACUAUGAGCUAUUGCAGACGCCUCAGCAGCGACAAUUGCAGCAGCAACAACAGCAACAGCAGCAGCAACAACAACAGCUUGCCAGCUAUCAAUUGGUGCUGCAACAACAACAGCAACAACAUGAAAGUAUUACAACAACAACAGUUGCAGAUGCAACAACAACACAGCAACUGCAUCGCAUCAAAACAGAAUUGCCAGCAGUCUAUGGAGCAACAGCAACAACAGCAAACGUUGCUGCUUCGGCGAAAGCAACAAUUGCCACGCCCCGCAAACCGAACCCCAACAAGCCGCAAUUCAAGUGCGAACAGUGCGGCAUGACCUUUGGCAGCAAAUCCGCCCACACGUCCCACACGAAGUCGCAUGCGAAAAACGCCGAUCUUGCCAUGGGCCUCAAGUCGGGUGUGGGCGGCAGCAGUACGAGUUCCAGUUCCAGUUCCAGUUCCGCGGGCACAACGCCGCCCAUCGAACUGAACGAGGCCGGCCUGCCGCUGGGCAUACCAAAGAGUCCGACCAUCAAGCCGCUGCCCAACGUUGCCGCCGGCGCCGAUCCCUAUCAGUGCAAUGUGUGCCAAAAGACGUUCGCGGUGCCAGCUCGAUUGAUUCGCCACUAUAGAACGCACACGGGCGAGCGUCCGUUCGAGUGCGAGUUCUGCCACAAGCUGUUCAGUGUGAAGGAGAAUCUGCAGGUGCAUCGGCGCAUCCACACGAAGGAGCGGCCGUACAAGUGCGAGGUGUGCGAGCGGGCGUUCGAGCACUCCGGCAAGCUGCAUCGCCACAUGCGCAUCCAUACGGGCGAACGGCCGCACAAGUGUUCCGUGUGCGAGAAGACGUUCAUUCAGUCCGGCCAGCUGGUCAUCCACAUGCGCACGCACACCGGCGAGAAGCCGUACAAGUGCCCGGAGCCGGGCUGCGGCAAGGGAUUCACCUGCUCCAAGCAGCUGAAGGUGCACUCGCGCACCCACACGGGCGAGAAGCCCUACCACUGUGACAUCUGCUUCCGGGACUUUGGCUACAACCAUGUGCUCAAGCUGCAUCGCGUCCAGCACUAUGGGGCCAAGUGCUACAAGUGCACCAUUUGCGACGAGACCUUCAAGAACAAGAAGGAGAUGGAGGCGCACAUCAAGGGCCACGCCAACGAGCUGCCCGAGGAUGAGGUUGAGGCGGCAGCGGCAGCGGCAGCAGCAGCAGCGGCUUCACCUGCUGCAGCAUCAACGUCAGUUGCCAGCGGCUCCCCAUUGUCCAUAGCCAGCAAUUCCGAGUGCAGCAACAAUUCGCCGCCCAGCUCGCCGCCGGCAGUCAAGAAGCCACGUCAGUCACGUGGCGGCGCUAAGUCCAUUKCAGUGGCAGCAGCAGCAGCUGCUGCGCCGCUCUCGCCCAGCUCCGUCUCGUCCACCUACUCGCCAGCCAGCAGUCAGGCCUCCACGCCGCCUCAGUAUAUGGCCACAACGGAUGCACUGAGUCGGGACAGCGGCGUAGCCAGCGCGCAGCUGCUGCCCAGCUAUGCGGAGGAGGAUUUGCCUACGGACUUGAGCAUGCAACAGUCGACGGCAGCAACAGGAGCAGCGCAGCAGCCACAAAUGAUCUACUAUCAGCCGCAGCCGACGUCCAGCUUAGUCGAGCUGCAGCCAACAGCAGCAGGAGCAGGAGCAGCAGCAGCAGCUGCUGGGCUGACUAUCAAUCCAGCACUGCUCGAAGCAGCGAGCAUAGCGAGACGCGAUCACGAUGAGGUCAUUGACAACGAUGAGGAUGUGCAGCAAGCUGCCUGGCAAAUGAUGCAGCUGCGACGUGGACAUGCGGCCACAGCACAGCCACAGCCACAGCCACAGUCGCAGUCGCAGCACCAGCCCCACCCACAGCCAUCAGUUGCAUCGCAACCCACUUUACUAGUCAGCGACCUGGCGGCCAACUAUGAUGACACGCACGAGGCGAAUGUGCUGAUCGAGCACUUCAAGCGUGGCGAUUUGGUGAACCAUGGACUGCACAAGGGCUAUGUGCCGGUGCCGCUCUAUGAAUCAUCCCUGCCCAAUCCGGAUAUAGUGCGUCGCGUUGAGGCGGCCAUUGGACUGCGUUCGAGCACAGAGUCGCCGGAGCGCAGCUCCUCCCCCGAAAGCGAUUCCCUGAUGAUGGCCGAUCGCAAUGUGAUGACGCUGCCGCUGCGCAAGCGGAAGCAUUACAUGAAUGAGGGCGAGGCCAACAAUGGGGGCGGCAGCUGCUCCAACAGUGCUGCCGCAGCAGCUGCAGCAGCAGGUGGCGCGAGCGGAGCUGGAGCUGGCAACGAAUCGGCAGGAUCAGCGGCGAGUGGGGCUGAUGGUGGCACAGGCAACUCCGCUGGCUCCAAGGUGAUGCGCAUGAGCUCCGUCAUCCAGUUUGCCAAGGCCUCGUAGUGGGCGUGGCAGCGGCWAUCAAUCAGCAUAAAGACUGUUCAACAAAUUCUAACUGAAAUUAGUUUUACUUUAAAAUAAUAUGCAUGCACGCACGCUUUGCAUAGUUUAACUUUUUUUUUUUUAAUUAGCAGCGAGAAAUGCCAAAAGUAUUAUACAAAAGAAGAAGAGUACGAAAGAAAUAUGUUUUUAAACUAAACUAAAAGAAAAGGAAGAAAAAAAUUGAUAUCCUAUUACGUUUACAUUGUAUCCUUUUUAACUGUGUGGAUUUUGUUAAAUAUUUGUUUUUUGUUUCUCUCCGAAAUUUAUGUUUUUCUCUUUAAGUCAACAAUUGCAGCAAUUGGCAUUGCAAUUCUUUUUCUACAAAUCAAAUGAGAAACAAUGAAAUUCAACCAUAA